AUGAUUACACUAACAGAGCUAAAAUGUCUAGCAGACGCCCAGUCAUGUUAUCACAUCCUGAAGCCGUGGUGGGACGUCUUUUGGUAUUACAUCACCCUGAUCAUGCUGCUGGUGGCCGUGCUGGCUGGAGCCCUCCAGCUCACACAGAGCAGGGUUCUGUGCUGUCUCCCCUGUAAGGUGGAAUUUGACAAUCACUGCGCCGUGCCUUGGGACAUCCUGAAAGCCAGCGUGAACGCAUCCUCCGAUGCCGGGAUGCCACUUCCGCCGCCCCUGAGAAUCCAGAACGACCUCCACCGACAGCAGUACUCCUACAUUGACGCCGUCUGUUACGAGAAGCAGCUCCACUGGUUCGCCAAGUUCUUCCCCUACUUGGUGCUCCUGCACACCCUCAUCUUCGCAGCCUGCAGCAACUUCUGGCUUCACUACCCCAGCACCAGUUCCAGGCUCGAGCACUUUGUGGCCAUCCUGCACAAGUGCUUCGAUUCUCCCUGGACCACCCGCGCCCUGUCAGAGACGGUGGCCGAGCAGUCAGUGAGGCCCCUGACCCUCUCCAAGUCCAAGGUUCUGCUCUCCUCGGGGUGCUCAGCCGGCGACGUGGACGCCAGCAAGCAGUCCCUGCCCUACCCACAGCCUGGCUUAGAGUCAGCUGGCAUAGAAAGCCCGACCUCUAGCGUCCUGGACAAGAAGGAGGGCGAACAGGCCAAAGCCAUCUUUGAAAAAGUGAAAAGGUUCCGCCUGCACGUGGAGCAGAAGGACGUCAUCUACAGAGUGUACCUGAAGCAGAUCAUAGUCAAAGUCAUUUUGUUUGUCCUCAUCAUAACUUACGUUCCGUAUUUUUUAACCUACAUCACUCUGGAAAUUGACUGUUCAGUGGACGUGCAGGCUUUUACUGGAUACAAGCGCUACCAGUGUGUGUACUCCUUGGCAGAAAUAUUCAAGGUCCUGGCUUCAUUUUACGUCAUCUUGGUUAUCCUUUAUGGUCUCACCUCGUCUUACAGCUUGUGGUGGAUGCUGCGGAGCUCUCUGAAGCAAUAUUCCUUCGAGGCGCUGAGAGAAAAAAGCAACUACAGCGACAUCCCAGAUGUCAAGAACGACUUCGCCUUUAUCCUCCAUCUGGCUGAUCAGUACGACCCGCUUUACUCCAAACGCUUCUCCAUAUUCCUGUCAGAGGUCAGUGAAAACAAACUGAAACAGAUCAACCUCAACAAUGAAUGGACGGUCGAGAAACUAAAAAGCAAGCUUGUGAAAAAUGCCCAGGACAAGGUAGAACUGCACCUUUUCAUGCUAAACGGUCUUCCCGACAAUGUCUUCGAGCUGACAGAAAUCGAAGUGCUAAGCCUGGAGCUGAUCCCUGAGGUCAAGCUCCCCUCGGCGAUCUCACAGCUGGUCAGCCUCAAGGAGCUCCACGUGUACCACUCGUCCCUGGUGGUCGACCACCCCGCCCUGGCCUUUCUAGAGGAGAAUUUAAAAAUUCUUCGCCUGAAAUUUACUGAAAUGGGGAAAAUCCCACGCUGGGUGUUUCACCUGAAGAAUCUCAAGGAGCUUUACCUAUCGGGCUGUGUGCUGCCUGAGCAGGUGAGCACCAUGCAGCUAGAGGGCUUUCAGGACCUGAAAAGCCUGAGGACCCUCUACUUGAAGAGCAGCCUCUCCCGGAUCCCACAAGUCAUCACGGACCUCCUGCCUUCACUACAGAAGUUGUCCCUCGAUAAUGAGGGGAGCAAGCUGGUUGUAUUGAACAACCUGAAAAAAAUGGUCCACCUGAAAAGCCUGGAGCUGAUCAGCUGUGACCUGGAACGUAUUCCACACUCCAUUUUCAGUCUGAACAAUUUGCAUGAGUUAGACCUCAGAGAAAAUAACCUUAAAACUGUGGAAGAGAUCAUUAGCUUUCAGCACCUCCAGAAUCUUUCCUGCUUAAAGCUGUGGCACAAUAACAUUGCUUAUAUUCCAGCCCAGAUCGGGGCAUUGUCUAAUCUAGAGCAGCUCUCUUUGGACCAUAAUAACAUUGAGAACCUGCCCCUGCAGCUUUUCCUAUGCACCAAACUACAUUAUUUGGAUCUAAGCUAUAACCACCUUACCUUCAUUCCGGAAGAAAUCCAGUAUCUGAGUAAUUUGCAGUACUUUGCUGUGACCAAUAACAACAUUGAGAUGCUUCCAGACGGGCUGUUUCAGUGCAAAAAGCUGCAGUGUUUACUCUUGGGGAAAAAUAGCCUGAUGAGCUUGUCACCUCACGUGGGUGAGCUGUCGAACCUUACUCAUCUGGAGCUCAUCGGUAAUUACCUGGAAACACUUCCUCCUGAACUGGAAGGGUGUCAGUCCCUAAAACGGAGCUGUCUGAUUGUCGAGGAGAAUUUGCUCAAUACUCUUCCUCCCCCUGUAACAGAACGUUUGCAAACAUGCCUAGAUAAAUGUUGA